AUGAUAAGAACGAUUGCCGCGCAGGACAAGACGUGUCUUUCGUUCCAAGGGAUGUUGUUUGACCUUUCUUACGUUCUUCCAAACUUAAUAGCAAUGGCGUUCCCCGCCACCGGCUUUUCCCAGCAGUGGAGAAAUUCCCGCAACGACGUCGCUGCUUUUCUCGCUAAAAACCAUAAAGACCACUUCAAAAUUUGGAACUUGACCGAAGAACAAUACGACGGAACUCCUUUUAACAACCAAGUGGUUCACGCCGGCUUUUUGGACCACCAACCCCCUAAGUUCAACUUUCUGAUUGAAAUUGUGUCUGAUAUUGUGAAGUAUUUAAACGAAGACCCAAUGAAUACAGCGGUUAUACAUUGUAGAGCGGGAAGAGGACGUACGGGGAUAGUUGUCUGCGCUGUGUUGUUGGCACUUGGUCGAGCAAAAACGACUGAAGAAGCGUUGACUCUCUUUGGGGAACGAAGAAGCAAGAAACAGAGGGGCGUCACGGCACCUUGCCAAAUGAGAUACGUCUAUUACUUCGAUUGCUACUUACGAUCGUUUGAGAACUUCAUUAAGAUACCGUCGUAUCUCAUCAAAUUUUCGUCCAUCGAGACGUUCGGACUUAAAAUUGGCAUUUCAGGAUAUGAAGACGCCACACCCAUUUUCUAUUUCAACCCACUGAGUCAACACAAUAUGCACCCACAGUUACUUUAUAUACAACAAAAGUUAAAUCGUAUCGACGAUCGUUGUUUAUCAGUCUUUCCAAAGAAUAUCAUGUCGGGGGAUAUCGUCAUUGUUAUCUGCUUCUUGUCGAAAGGUAAGAUCAACGUCAUCGGGAGAUUGAUGAUCAACACAUUCUUCUUGGAAGAUGACGUCAAGUACGAAUUCACGUUAAAUGAGAUUCAAAGCCCCACGGAGGGGAGAAACAAAAACUCGUUCAAACUUCCCGAAGACUUCAAAAUCAUUGUGAGGACCGAGCAAUUUGAAAAUUAUGACGACGUCGUCCAAGCCCAUGACAAAAUACUCAAUUCGCUGUUUGUCCUCAAUUCUAUCGAUCGCAUUGUCGAUAGAAAUCAAGUAAAAAGAAUGUCAACACCCCUCUCCGAGACCUCCAUCCCAAGUUACCCGGCACCGCCAUCGUUGGAUAUGACCUUUUUGUAA